AUGGCGCCGAACCCAGAUGAAUUCGGUCCGCGUCUGGAGGAACAACGUUGUCGUCUACUCCGACGUGGCGUUCCUGUGGGAGUUGCCAGCGGUCCAGGCAUGUGUCCACUGCCUUCAGAUCCAGGCGGUGACAGUUCUCGUUAUGGUAGCAUUGAAGUCAAAGGGAUUAGGAGCACCGCAAGCGACGAAUUCAUACGCCGUUUAGGGGUGCACGAGAUCCUUCUCCUUCUUUUUUUCGGCCUGGCCCUCUUCAUUAUUGGAUACUUUGCAGGGCGCCAAGGUCUGGCAGCUCACCUUUCUAGUGUCUUAAAAACGAUCUCUGCUAACAACUUUGCCAUUGCUAGCACCACUAGAAUCGGUCGAUUCCGAAAGUUUAUAUUUAUUGCUCUUUUUGUCUGUUUCUUGACAUUCAUUGCUGUCCUGCUUCUCGCCUCAACUACUCCCCACAUCGGCGGACUGUUGAGCUUCACUUCCCCCGGAUAA